UCCGAAGGCAAUGUCCAUCAUCCACGUUCCAGCCUGAUUACAUGCAAAACAUUCUUGCUUGAUCUACACCAUAGAACUAUCUGAGCCAUUAUUAAUAUUUGUGGUCAAAAGUUCCAUGGCGAUUAAGCAUUUUGUAGUUAUGCUGCUGCCUAUGGCCCUCCUGCUCCUCGCAACAGGUAGCUCACCGGUGGUGGCUCAGCUGGAGCUCGGCUACUACAGCAAGACAUGCCCGAACGCCGAGGCGAUCGUCCGCGCCGAGAUGGAGAAGAUCAUCUCAGCUGCACCCAGCCUUGCUGGCCCGCUCCUCAGGCUUCAUUUCCACGACUGCUUUGUCAGGGGAUGUGACGCUUCUGUCCUGCUCGACUCCACCGAGGGCAACCUGGCAGAGAGGGACGCCAAGCCGAACAAGAGCCUCCGGGGAUUUGGUUCCGUGGAGAGGGUGAAGGCCAAGCUCGAGGCCGCCUGCCCUAACACCGUUUCCUGUGCCGACGUCCUCACCCUCAUGGCCCGUGAUGCCGUUGUGCUGGCCAAGGGCCCCUCCUGGCCGGUGGCGCUCGGGAGGCGAGACGGCCGUGUGUCCAGCGCAACGGAGGCGGCCGAGCAGCUACCCCCAGCGCACGGUGACAUCCCCCUGCUCACCAAGAUUUUCGCUUCCAAAGGCCUCGACGUCAAGGACCUCGCCGUCCUCUCCGGCGCGCAUACCCUUGGCACGGCGCACUGCCCGUCCUACGCCGGCCGGCUCUACAACUACAGCAGCGCCUACAACGCGGACCCCUCCCUCGACAGCGAGUACGCCGACAGGCUCAGGACGCGCUGCAAGAGCGUCGACGACAGGGCCAUGCUUUCCGAGAUGGAUCCCGGCAGCUACAAGACCUUCGACACGAGCUACUAUCGCCACGUUGCCAAGCGCAGGGGACUGUUCCAGUCCGACGCCGCGCUCCUCACCGAUGCAACCACCAGGGAGUACGUCCAGCGCAUUGCCACUGGCAAGUUCGACGACGUGUUCUUUAAGGACUUCAGCGAGUCCAUGAUCAAGAUGGGCAACGUUGGCGUGAUCACCGGUGCUGACGGGGAAAUUAGGAAGAAAUGCUACAUCGUCAACUAAAGUAUAUAUCAGCACGUUGUAAAUGAUAGGGCGCAUACCUGUCUGUUGUUCAUCAAUGUAAUGUAUUAAUUAUAUUGCAAGUAAAUUCAUUCUUUCUCAGUA